AUGAAUCAUAUUAUUCAACAACCAAAGACAACCCAAAAGUAGAAGAAACCUUCUAAUGUUGUAUCAAAACACCCAGAAAUUCAGUCAAAUAAGACCCUUGACGAUUUAAGAAACAAGGAAUGGAGUGUAGCCAUCCAGAAAGAAAUCGACCAAUUCGAAUAGACUAUCGUAUAUUAUAUCUCCAUAUCAUUAGCAUGAAGUUGAAGCCUUAUUCAAGGAGGCAUCUACAUCCUAACAUUUAGUAAGUUUAGGAACUUUUAAAUUGGUUCAGGAUGAAUACGAAUUCGCAGCCUAGAAAUUACAACACUUGAGAGAGAUGCUUGCACAGUAUUCUGAUGAUCGCUCUAAAUACCAUCAAAAUAAACAGAAAUUGAAGGCUUUGACAAAUAAAUAGGAGAAAAGUGCUGAGGAUAAUGAAGCCAUAUCCAAGAUUACAAAGGACCAAUAAAAUUUCAAAUACACCAUUAUGAAUUAAAGAGACAGGAUCCAAUUCCAACUUGGAGUUGCUUAAAGAGUGCUCACCCUCAUCCAAGCCUAUAUUAAAUUGAAAGAUUAAUAUUAAAAUCAACAGGAAUUACAAAGACACAGAGACUACAUCCUUUCGAAGAUUGACAAGAUCAAGAAGACAGAGGAGAAGCAUACCAAGAAGAUUGAAAGACAUUACAAUAGAAUAUAGGUAGAAGAUCCUGAUGCUCCUGAAGAAAUCGAAGUUGAAGAUGAGCAAAGUGAAGAAGAGUAGGCUGGUGAGGAAACUAACACAGCCAGAGAAGACUUAUUAAGUAAAUUAAAUUGUUUUAUAGUUUUUUAGAGUUGUGCGAUAGUGUGAUUUCUUACCUCUAAAAAUUCGAGAAAAAAGAAGGGGUAUUAAUUAUCUACUAAAUUUAGGAUCAAUUCAUAUAACAUGAUUUAACAACUUUCCAAUAUUUUGAUCAAAUUAAAGUGGCUGCCCCAUUUUACCUAAAUUAAAUUGAUGUGGCAAUUGAUCUGAUUAAAUCCAAAAGGGCAUUUUAUGAGAAUGCCCCUGAAACUGAAUUUACCAAAAAAGAGGCCAAAUAAGUCGUCUAGUAAUAAGAAUAGAAGGUGGAUGUCACCAACGAGUAGGAAUUUCCUAAAUUAUCAUGAGAGUAUUUUAUAAUCAUAUAAAAAAACAUACAUAAAUCCGAC